UUCCCGGUUUGCAGCUGCGGAAGUGACGCGCUCCGGGCGCGCCCGGCAGCGCCGCCGACGGUUCCUGCGGCGGGGCGAGAUGGCGGCGCCCGGAGCGCCGGUGACCGUCACCAUCACUUACAGCAAUGAAAAGCACAGUAUUCAAGUUGCUUCUCAGCGAGAAGAUGGUGAACCUACACUACAAGACAUGGCUGUACUUAUUGAACAAGUCACUGGAGUUCCAGUUCCUUUUCAGAAACUGAUAUACAAAGGGAAGUCUCUGAAAGAACUGGAACAACCAUUAUCAGCACUUGGUGUUAAAAAUGGUUGCAAAGUCAUGUUGAUUGGGAAAAGGAAUAGUCCAGAAGAAGAGGCUGAAUUAAAGAAGUUAAAAGAUUUGGAGAAGUCAGUGGAGCAAAUAGCUAAUAAGUUAGAGGAAGUUAAUAAAGAGUUCACAAGUAUCCAGAAGGGAUUUUUAGCAAAGGAUCUCCAAGCAGAAGCACUAAAACAGCUGGAUAAGAGGAUUAAAGGAACUGCAGAGCAGUUCAUGAAGACCCUUGAACAGAUUGAUGCCAUUAAUCUGCCAGAGAAUUUCAGUGACUGCAAACUGAAAAAGAAAGGGUUAGUGAAGAGGGUCCAGGUGAGUUUUCUUGGUUUGUAUUUGGUGUGUUUUCUUCCCUUUUUUUUUUUUUUUUUCCAUAAAUGCUGGGCACUUGUAUACCAAGAGUUUGUGAAAAUGAGCUGUUUAGAUGUUUUUCAGUGUUUCUUCAUCGGUGUCUUGUAUGACCUCCCUUUGAGAGGUAUUUAAUAGCUUUAUAGAAUAGCACACAAAAUACAGUUUUUCAUAGGUCAUGCUGUUUUCAGAUAAUGCUUGUCAUUUACAUUAAUAGUUUGUCUUACGCCUGCCUGAUGAUGUGAAGUAAUCCUGAUAACUUGUAAAAACAACAGGAUUGAUCAUUCCUCUUUUUUUGAAUCUUGACGGAUUGGAGUAAUGACUGAGGUCUGGGCACAAGGAUGCAGUUAACUCUAACUCCUGCUGACCUACUCCUGACCUUGCCAGAGGUGUUCUUUGGAAAAUGUAGCUUAUACUGCAAUGCACCAACUUUCUUUGGAGAGUAGGUCUUUAAAAUCUAUACAGCAGAGUAUCUAUCCUGGGGAUGGGGGGUUUAAUUGCUUUGCUAUGGUAUGAUGUUUGUGAAUUCCUAGGCAUUGUCUUCUUAGGACUUUGAACUGAAGGUUUGUUAAUAAAUACUGGAAUUCAGCUCCCUCCAUUCAAACUUACAUAAAUGAAUGGUAAUGCUACUUUUAUUACUGUUUUUAUUUAUAUUGUGCUAACUUUAGUGCCAGAUUGGGCUCCAAAAAUUGUUCUUGGAAGUACCUUGCAUUCAUAUAUAGAGUUGAAUGAUUUUUUUAUUUUACUGUAACCUUACUAAAUACCUUUCAUUGAUGUUUCAUAAGUUUUUUAUUAUAGCCAUCUAUUGUAGAGGAAGGCCCACCAAGAAGUACUUCAUAAGAGAAAUGGUUUUAGUUACAGCUUUAGGGACAAAGCACUUUGUACUCAGUUAUUGAGAUAAGUUCAGGUAAUGGAAAGGAAGGUGGUUGCUGGUGUGGCUGUGUUAUGUGGGGGUUCUGAACACAGUCUUGAUUCCCUGUGCCCCUAACCAAGGCAGCAGAACUUGUAAUAGAGUGGUGGCUAUCAAACUGUGUGGGAGCUACUGGAUCUCCACUCUUGGGUAAAAUUAUAGCAGAAGUAAGUGGGACUUUGUUUAAUAACUGCUGUUUAAGCAUAUGGAUUCUGUUGAGCAGAGAUCAGAAUUAUUUAUGUGCUUUUAUAGGCACAGCAUAAUGCAGCUGUGGGUUAUGAACCCUUUGAGGACUCCAGAAGAAUUCUAAGGGGUUUCAGACCAGAGCUGUCAACAACAGUUUGUUUUACCAGAGCAAGAACAAGAAAACAGUGGCAAGUUAUGCUUAUUAUUCUUAAGUAUCCAUAAAAAGCAAGGGGAAGCUAUUAACU